CACUCAGCUAAAUUAAAAAAAAUAAUAAUUUUUUUUUACUAUUUUGGACCAGUUUUCCUUUGAUAAUAAAAAAAAAAAAAUCAGGAGAUAUCCAUUACCAUUUACCUGCAAAAGAAAGCCCAAUUUGUCCUGAACAAAAACCAAGGUAUAAUUCACCUGGAUGUACAAAGUAGUUGUGAUGAUAUGUACGGUUUUACUAACACAUGUCAGAGUUGUAAAAUUUUACUUCGGGUUUAAGAAUUGUUUUACUCUUAGGCGUGAAGGGGUUAAUGACUGUUGCUGU